AUGGGAGACGUCGCCGUGGAGAACCCGGCGAACAACGUCACGCCUCUUCCCAAGCCCAGUGCGCUGGACACUCUCGGCAACCUGGAUACCCUCGAAGGCACUGGCAUCGAUGGAAGCGAUGAAUACGCAUCCCUGAAGCGAUUACAGAGACACCUAGAAUACAUCCAGUUGCAGGAGGAAUACAUCAAGGAUGAGCAGAGGAGCUUGAAGAGAGAGCUGGUUCGAGCACAGGAGGAGAUCAAGCGGAUACAGAGUGUGCCGCUGGUGAUUGGGCAGUUCAUGGAGGCUAUUGAUCAGAACACUGGUAUCGUGCAGAGCUCGACCGGGUCUAAUUACGUUGUCCGAAUCCUGUCCACACUCGACCGCGAGAAGCUGAAGCCGUCCUCCUCGGUCGCCCUUCACCGGCACUCCAACGCGCUGGUCGACAUCCUUCCCCCGGAAGCAGACUCUUCCAUUGCUAUGCUGGGUGACAAUGAGAAGCCGGAUGUGACCUACGCCGACGUCGGUGGUCUGGAUAUGCAGAAGCAAGAGAUUCGGGAAGCCGUCGAGCUGCCCUUGACGCAUUUCGAUCUCUACCGGCAAAUCGGUAUUGAUCCUCCCCGUGGUGUCUUGUUGUACGGUCCCCCCGGUACCGGUAAGACCAUGCUGGUCAAGGCCGUCGCCAACAGCACAACCGCCAGCUUCAUCCGCGUGAACGGCUCCGAGUUUGUACAAAAGUAUCUGGGAGAAGGCCCCCGUAUGGUCCGUGACGUGUUCCGGAUGGCGCGGGAGAAUUCGCCGGCCAUCAUCUUCAUUGACGAGAUCGACGCGAUCGCCACCAAGCGUUUCGAUGCCCAGACCGGUGCCGACCGAGAGGUGCAACGUAUCCUGCUGGAGUUGCUGAAUCAGAUGGACGGAUUCGAGCAGACCAGCAACGUCAAGGUCAUCAUGGCCACCAACCGAGCCGAUACCCUGGAUCCCGCCCUCCUGCGUCCCGGUCGUCUGGACCGAAAGAUCGAGUUCCCGAACCUGCGUGAUCGCCGCGAGCGUCGUCUGAUCUUCACCACCAUCGCAUCCAAGAUGUCGCUGUCGCCCGAAGUGGAUCUGGACUCUCUGAUCGUGCGCAACGAGCCGUUGUCAGGUGCCGUGAUCGCUGCCAUCAUGCAAGAGGCCGGUCUGCGGGCGGUGCGCAAAAACCGAUACAACAUCAUCCAGUCCGACCUUGAGGAUGCCUACCAGGCACAGGUCAAGAGUGGCCAGGACGAUGACCGUCCCGACUUCUACCGGUAA